AUGGUGUCUUUCAAAUACCUCGCGGUGUCGGGCUUUGCCCUGCAUGCUGCCGCCAAAUCUGUUAAGCGCGCCACGCCGCCGGCAGCUUCGGUCUCUUGCAAUGGGCAAGCCUACUCCUACGACGGGCUUGCCGGUUACGGGUCCGUGAAAUCGGAUGCGCGUGACCAGUAUGGCGACACCAUUAGCAUUGGUUCCGCCAUGACCGUCAGGGACUGGAAGAAGACCGGCGACCGGUACACGGGCACCUUGUACGGUCUCCCAGAUCGUGGAUGGAAUACGAACGGGACCCAGAACACUGUCCCCAGGGUUCAUGUCUUCCAGAUUGCGUUCAGCCCGGCGCCGGAGGCCACGGUUGCUAACCCGUCCGGCCCGAACCUCGAGUUCGAGUACAAGCGCACCAUCUUGCUCUCUGGGCCGGACGGCAAGCCCAUGACUGGAAUCGACCCUGAUUUCACCGGGGGCCUGACCUACCCUGGGUUCCCCACUAUGCCUGCAGCGACAUAUCCGGGCGAUGGCUUUGGAGGCCCCGGCCCCGGCGACAAGCGUGUGGUUCUCGACGCCGAGGGCCUGGUGGUGGAGGAGGAUGGAUCUUUCUGGAUCAGCGACGAAUAUGGCCCCUUCCUCUAUCGAUUCAAUGAGAAGGGCCAGAUGGUUGCGGCGGUGCAGCCUCCCGAUGCGCUGCUCCCCAUCCGGAACGGCGAAAUCAGCUAUAACUCCAACACGCCCCCAAUCUACAACAGCAGCAUGGUUCCGUAUCCCGAGGACCCCGAUCAUGGCCGUCAGAACAACCAGGGCUUCGAGGGCCUGACCAUGAGCGCCGACGGCAAAUCGCUCUUCGUGAUGCUGCAGUCCGCCGCCCAGCAAGACGGCGGUGCUUCCUCGUCCAAGCGCCGCAACACCCGUCUACUCAAAUACGCGCUCGACCGCACGAAGGAAGAUGUGAAGAUCACGUACGAGGCCGAGUUCGUCGUCCCGCUGCCCACUUUCAAGAACGCGAAGGACAACAAGCGCGUUGCGGCGCAGUCGGAGAUUCACUACGUCUCCGACACGCAGCUCAUGGUCUUGGCUCGGGACUCGAGUGUUGGCCGGGGACAGGAGGACCCUCUGUCUCGUUACCGCCAUGUUGAUAUCGUGGAUAUUUCUGGCGCUACCAACAUCAAGGGGCCAAAGUUUGACGACCUUGUGAACGGGAACAUCACAGUUGGAAACACUGAGGAUCCUUCCGAUGAGCUUGUUUCUGACAUCACCCCGGCCGAACUGUGCCCGUUCAUUGACUACAACAUCAACACGGAGCUCAACAAGUUCAAGACUGACGAGGGAGAUGUCGUGCACAACGGCGCCCCCGUCGACUUUGGCCUCCUGAACGAGAAGUGGGAGGCUCUCGCUCUGCUGCCUGUUCAUGUCGACGACGAGGCGCAGGGCAAGGGCAAGGGUAAAGGCAAAGGCAAGGGGAAGAGCAGCAGCUGCGGUGCAAAGAGCGAGGAUGAGUAUUAUCUCAUCACUUUGUCUGACAACGACUUCAUCACCGACAAUGGAUAUGCCGACUUUGGCAAGAUUCGCUUCGUUGAUGACUCUGCCACGGUCCCCUUCCUUCACAGCCAGGCUUUGGUUUUCAAGGUCAAGCUGCCCAAGGGUAGCAAGCCUCUCAUUGGGUAG